AUGACGUUACAUAAUGAACAGGUGUCUGGAGAACGAAAGAGCAUAAAUGGCGAGAUACGAGAAGCUGGCCUGGAAGCUGGAUUGCCGUCUCCAACCGACGAAUAUGGAGAAACUCAAAAUGAUGUCAACGACAUGCUUAGAUUGGGAAAGAAACAAGAAUUCAAGAGAAACUUUAAUCUCAUCUCAACGCUCGGUUUCAUUUCAAUAUACAUGGCAACAUGGGAGUUUGUUCUGGUGUCAUUGAGCGUUGGAUUGAUCAAUGGAGGAUUUGCUGGAUUGUUCUGGGUGUUCAUUGGGACGGUGAUAUGCUAUUCGUCAAUCGUGGCGUCGCUUGCAGAGAUGGAGUCAAUGGCUCCUACGAGCGGUGGUCAAUAUCACUGGGUUUCCGAAUUUUCUCCCCCCAAAUAUCAAAAGUUCCUAAGUUAUACCGCCGGCUGGAUGUCGAGUCUUGGCUGGAUCGCCAGCUUGGCUAGUAGCGUCUUUGUCCUUGCUACUCUCGUUGAAGCAAUUAUCGACAUCCGAAAUGCGGAUUUUUUAUUUUCAUCAUGGCAAUAUACGCUUAUCAUGAUAGCUUAUUUGCUUAUUACCAUCGUCUUUAACACAUGGGGCGCAAGACUCCUGCCUAUCAUUGAAACCACUUCUUUGUUUGGACAUUUGGCAGGGUUCCUGAUAACUAUCAUACCACUAUGGGUUAUGGCACCGAAAAACUCGACAAGAAGUGUAUUUUUGGAUGUGGUCAACAAUGGAGGAUGGAGUAAUACAGGAACGAGUUGUUUGAUUGCGCAGGUUAGCGUGCUGUAUUGUAAUCUUGGAUCUGAUAGCGCAGUGCAUAUCUCCGAAGAAGUAGAAGACGCGUCGAUCAACGUUCCGCGAGCGAUGUGGUGGAGCUACAUCCUCAACGUUUUCUUGGGCAUCAUCACGCUAAUAACCAUGCUCUUCUGCAUCGGUCCCCUCGAUGCAGCAAUGGAAUCUCCAGCUCCCUAUCUAAACCUGUUUCUAAACACAGGAUCUAAGGCCAUGGCCACGGCUCUCAUGAUUAUCCUUCUGAUACUUGUCUUUUCUGGAAAUAUCACGGCGUUGGCUACUACGAGUAGGGAAUUGUGGGCUUUUUCAAGGGAUAAGGGUUUUCCAUGUUCGCUAUGGAUAUCCAAGAUGAACCACAAACUCAACAUUCCCCCUAAUGCCAUCUAUCUGACCUGCAUCCUCACCGUUCUCCUCUGUCUCAUAAAUUUCGGUUCUUCCUUCGCUUUCAACAUCGUUGUCUCCCUCUCCCUCCUCGCACUUCUUUCUACUUACAUGAUAAGUAUCGGAUGUGUUCUCUUGAAGCGCAUCCAAGGUAAAUCUCUGCCUCCAGCGCGAUGGAGCUUGGGGCGAUUUGGAUUACCGAUCAACGCAUUUGCUUUUGCGUAUUGUGGGUUUGUGAUGGUUUGGAGCUGUUUUCCGAAUGAGGCGCCGGUCACACUUGAAAAUGCUAAUUGGGCACCGGCGGUCUGGUUUGCAGUUAUUGUGAUUGCAGGCUUGAUAUAUAUUUUACAUGGGAGGAAACAUUACACACCACCAGUGGUAUUUGUAAAAGGGAGAGGAGAUAGUGAGACGUUGCAAGCAGUGGACUAG